GGACAUAUCCUAUCCAUCUACACUCAUUGUCAGGCAUCUGCCAUUACAUAUCUCUGCUACAUAACUUCAAGACCCAUAUUUCACACCUCAAUCAAAAUGCAGAUCAACGGACUCAUUACCAUUGCUAUGGCUGGAUUCGCUGCUAUUGCGGCCGCGCAACCCCACAAGCACCACCUGCACCUUCGCCACGCUGCGAUGCCUCGUGAUGCUUUGAACGACUAUUCCACCACAGUGGAUCAGCCUGCCGGGCCCACCGGCUCCCCCCGCGAGGACAAAGUACACUCCACCGAGCGCUUCGAGUUCGCCGCUACGAAGUCCUCCGCCCCCGUUGCGAGCAAGACCCCCGAGGCGGAAGCCCAGGGCAAGAGGAAGGCGGUAUCUUCUGGCUCUGGCAUGGACCGCGACUUUCCCGACGGGAAGAUCUCGUGCACCGAGUUCCCUUCCGAAUACGGCGCCAUCAAGACUGACUGGAUCACCAAGACUGGCUGGUCGAGCAUCCAGAAGGAUGGUGGCAACGACGAUCACAUCGGUGUUUGCACUGACGGUGCGCUGUGCAGCUACGCCUGCCCCGCAGGCUAUAGUAAGGCGCAGUGGCCGGAGGUGCAGCCGGCUUCGGGAGAGAGCAUGGGCGGUUUGGAGUGCAAGAACGGAAAGUUGUAUAAGACCAACAGCUCCUUCAACAAGCUUUGCCGCGCAGGAAAGGGAACCGCGAGGGUCUCCAGUAAGCUUGAUCAGCACGUAGCUAUCUGUCGGACCGACUACCCCGGAUCCGAGAACAUGGUGGUUCCAUUGUCGUGUACUCCGGGCUCGACGCAGGAGUUGACCGUUCCAGAGGCGAGCAACAGCUACGUCUGGCAGGGUAAGCCUUCGUCUGCUCAGUACUACGUCAACAACGCCGGAAUCAGCCUUGAGGACGGAUGUCAGUGGGGCACACCGGACGGCGGAUUGGGCAAUUGGUCGCCGGUUGUUAUCGGAGCCGGCUACUCCGACGGCAAGACGUGGUUGUCCAUCAGCCAGAACAACCUCAACAGCGACCCGCUUAACUACAACAUUCGGAUCGUCGCCGAAGACGGAUCCAAGAUCAGCGCCGAGUGCUCUUACGAGAACGGAAAGUUCUCGAACGGCGACCCCGUCGGUUGCACUGUCGCUGUCGACAACGGAGGAUCGGCCAGGUUCGAGCUGUACUAGUGGUACCUCGUCUACAGCCUUAUCUGCACAGUUUGUUCAUUUUGUUUAUAUUUUUGGUCUCUGUCUCAUAACG